AUGCUUUCAGUUGUGGCUGCCAGUGUGGAUACCUAUAAAAGUCCAGAAGCCAUUCCGCAUUACAACAUUCUCAAUGUCCUCCACCAGCAGCUACGAUCUGAUAUGUUAUGGAGCACAAGCCUAAGUCGGUGUGUCGCACCGUCAAGUAGGAACAUCCUCUACCUUGAAUCCAGGAAUCACAACCAACUGCUGCUGGGCCAGUCACGGCUUACCUGUGCUUCUAACCGACUGAAAGGCCAUUGUCUGCGAUUCCUUGGCAAAGAUGCCGAGGGCUACUAG